AUGAGUGAUGUAAGUUCAUCAUACAUUAAUUACACUAUUAUAUUAUUUGGUGCAGCUAAUACAACUAGUGAACAUCCUGCUGGUACCCAUUUCUACCCCUUCUCUCUCCGACUCGCACCAAACUUACCUUCAUCAUUUGAAGGAAAACGAGGUUAUGUAAGAUAUUUUUGUAAGGCUACUAUUGAUAGACCGUGGAAGUUUGAUGAAAACACAAAGCGAGCUUUUACUGUUAUACAUCAUUUAGAUUUAAACGCCUCACCAGAAGCCGGGUAUCCUAUAUAUGCCGAACAAGAAGAAACUAUAGCUGGAUGUUGUUGUUCAGAUGGAUCUAUAUCAGCUGUAUUAUCUAUCAAUAAAAAAGGUUACGUACCUGGUGAACCCUUGAAUUAUUCUAUACACGUAGACAACAGAUCAGAUAAAAAUAGCGAAAGAAUGUUACUUGAACUCAAACAGGAUGUAACAUAUACAGGCUAUUCAUCCAGUCUGUUCUCAUCAGGAAAUCCUAAAACACAUGUAAAAAGUGAUGUGUUUUGUUUAUUUUCUGGGACGAGAAAUAUAAAACCUAAUAACUCGGAAGAUAUCAAUCAGACCGCUACCAUUCCAGCUCUUCCACCAUCUAAUCUAGAUGGCUGUGGAAUAAUUGAUAUAAAAUACACAUUAGUUCUAACUGUUUCAGUCGGAUGGUCAACAUUAGAGAUAGAAAAGGAAAUCAUAAUUGGUACCAUUCCUUUACAUAUUCCCAUGGCUGUGCCUUCUUUUCCAUCAGUUGUCUCCCCUGGGGCUAUGGCAACUGCUCCUCCACUGGAGCCUCCACCAUAUGUUGAUCCUCCCCCAGCAUAUGAGGACUGUGUGUUUGGUGGUGCAAAUAUUAGAGAUGAAAACGAUGAUGAACAUACAACAGGUUUAUCGGCAUGGACGCCGGCAUAUCCAUACUAUCAUUGGGGAGAGAAUGGUCCCCCUCCGAUAGCUGUACCAUCAGCCCCCCCUCCAGCUUAUAACCAGGUGUAAUAUAAAACUGCCCUGCAGAAAAAUGAUACAUGGGGACCUCAUAGUGGUACAAUUUGCUGUAAGGCGAGUUUUAGUAUGGGGUAGAGUGAAUAUGGUUCCUAAUAACAUUAUAGUGAAGUCCUUGUAUAUAAGUGUUUCGCUAUAUCAUUGUGUUAUAGUGGAGUUUAUCUGUAGGUAUUUAAUUAUGUUUUAAAAACAUACAUAGACAUAUAUAUCACAAGUCUCCAUCUUAUGCAAAACAUUUAUUAAUCAUAUUUAACUUGAUAAGCACAGCUAAAUUUUCAGACAUAUUUUAAAGUGUUUUUAUUUAGAUCAGUCAAGUGGUGAUAUUAGCCUGUUAUUAAGUAAAGAAGAUAAUGAACAAGCCAUACCAUGUUCACAAUAACUUUAUAAAAGAAAACAUUAGUCAAGUCUUGUAACAACAAAAACAAAGUGAUAACAGCCUACUGUAUAUAUGGGUAGCAUCACCAUUGUUCAGUGUAAAUAAUAUUAAUAAUCUUAUUCUGUUUUUUACUAUGUAUAUAGGUUUCUAUAUUAAACAGUUGACAUAUUCACUACCAUUGUUUAACAGUUAAUACGCAUAAAUACACACUCAGUAGGGUUAUACCCUCAGUAGAAAUAUAAACCCAGUAGAUAUUCAAAUACACAUAAAUACACACCCAGUCAACAUUCAAAUAUGCAUAAACACCCAGUCAACAUUCAAAUACACAUAAUCACUCAGUAGACAUUCAAAUACACAUAAACAACCAGUAGACAUUCAAAUACGCAUAAAUACACACCCGGUAGACAUUCGAAUACACAUAAAUACACACCCGGUAGACAUUCAAAUACACAUAAAUACAAACCCGGUAGACAUUCAAAUACGCAUAAACACCCAGUAGACAUUCAAAUAUGCAUAAACACCCAGUAGACAUUCAAAAAUGCAUAAACACCCAGUAGACAUUCAAAUAUGCAUAAACACCCAGUAGACAUUCAAAUACACAUAAACACCCAGUAGACAUUCAAAUACGCAUAAAUAAUUUAAAUUUUGUGACAUCUGAAAGCGAUAGUGAUGUAAAGAUUGUGUAAAGAACUUAAUCCAGUGAUUUUGCAUCAAAGAGAAGUUGUAUGAAGUGUUCUAGGCAGGGGAAGCAUGGAGUGACACAAAUUUUGUGUACGGCCUGGUACACUUCACCAAUUAAUCAGAAGGCUUGGAGCAAUAUGAUGCAACUCAGUAUGGUGUUCAAAAACCAAAGUUUCAAAAACAGUUUGGUAUGUAGUCUUCUCUAAUCAAAGACUGUCACCAUAUCAGUGAAAUCUUGCCAGCACUGUGCUUAUAUAGUUAUAUAGAUAAUCUGGUCGUGUAUAUACAAUGGUCUUUCUUGUAAAUAUUUGUGGAAAAUGUAAUAUUGUAUUCUACUAUAAAACUCGAAAUAAGCUACAGCAUACAGUACAAGGAGAAAAAGGGCAAAGCAAAUACUUACUGCUGCGCCUAUAGCAAAAUCCCAUGUUUUUGGGGUAGAUCAUUUUUAGAUGUACUCAGUGCUCAUGUGACAAAGCUGUCUUAUCAGAUGCUUUUUUAGACAAAAAUCUGUUUUAUUGUUUAAAAGUGUUAUCAGUUUUGUAAUUCAUUCAACUCACAUAUGAUUGGAAAUCUCAAAUCUUUUUCGCUCUGAUAAAGUAUUUGUUAUCUUAGAUAGGACUAUAUUUGCUACUGUGAGUGAAGAUUUCCAAUUAAUUAAGAAUAAUUUUGAUGAAACUAGUUUGGGUUUGAUCUAAAAUACACACAACCUUCAAUAAAGCACGUACCUUUUUACAGUAUUCACUUUAUUUGGUCUUAAAUUUUUUUUUGAUGAAGGAACCAUGGGUGGAAUUGUUAGAACUCUGAAAACAAAUGCAACUUUCUCAAAAUUCUGUCCAUCACAUCAAAAAAUGAAUAACAUUGAAAAAUGAAAUUAUUGAAAUUGAUAAUCUUUGUAAAUGUUCCUUGGCAAAAUUCUCCUUGUUAUAUAGGCAGUGAAUUGAUAGAUUGGCUUAAAAAAAACCCAAAAAAACAGGUGAUAUGGCAAAAACAAGUUUGUUUUGAAUAUAAGGCCACAAAAAAUAAAUACUUUGGUUCUCAGACAGUCCUUAACAAAAAAUCUGAUGUUGAGGAGGUCUAUUUUUGUAUUUCUAUUUUUGUGUUUCUAUUUUGACAAGGCUAAAUGACUUAUCAUAAACAUCACAUUUCAAGUUGUUUAUAGGAAUGUAUGUCAGGAACAUUUAUCAGUGUACUUGAUAAAUGGAGCCUGUGCCACAUUACGUCCUGUAAUCGGGGGUUGGAUGGCCAAAUGGUUAGCAUGUGCGCAAUGUAUCAUAAGGCCUGUCAUUGAGUCAACUGGCGUGGUUUCGAAUCCCCGGUUGUACGUGACAAAGAGUAGGGUCGCCUGUCCACCCUUGUGGGUUUUCUCCAGGUCCUUGAAUUAUUGAAAUAAAAUUAAACCAUAUGUUAGUCCCAAAAAGACCUAGUUUGUGUCGAGUGGAUGUUAAACCCCAUUUCUCUCUCUCGUGUUCCUGUAAUCAGGGUAAAAAAUUUAUGUGCAUUAAUAAAUUUUUAUUUUUUAAAAUGACACAAGAUUAUCUGAGCAGCAGAAUAUUUUCUAUAUGAUCUAAAAAAUAUUGUUAUGAUGCCACAGCUCUUUGUUUCUAAAAUGUAUUUUCUGGUUUGUGUUGCCAUAGUGUAAAUACUUCAAUUUUGAGAACGCUAAUUUGUUAAUUAUGAAAUAAUAUUGUAUUAUAUUAAUUUACUAACCUUAUUGUAUGCAUAUUAUAUUAACAUUAUAGAAUACAGCCUGGUUUUUUUUUAAUAUAUAUAUUUUUUAUUUAGCUAAUUACCAUGUACUAUAUGUCAUACUCAGAUCUGAAACAAUAUUUAUAAUAUUUAACUGUAACCUUUCAUUAAUACAUGUGGUUCGAUGUUGUGGGGUUAUCCAUUUAAAUUGUAAGUUAUUCCAUGGACAUUAUAAGGUCCGUGGUUAUUCCGAAUCGACAGACUUGACACAGAGUCCAAGAUCAAUCUCAGUUUAUUUCAUCUGUAGUCAGUAGUUGAUGGAGAUAAUUUUUUUUAAUUUGGUGCAUGCUCUGUGGAUUUCGAAAUGUCCUGUCAAGUAAUCCCGCACAUCAUCCAAGUACAUUUACCAUUUGUUAAAAUACAGAUGUGAUGUCAUCAUUUGAUGUGCCAAUCAUAUAUUAUUUAUACUGCAUGAAAUAUUGGACUCGUCUGAAGAUUUCUUUGAAAUGCAUGUGUAGGAUAGUGUCUGUAUUUUAAGUUGUUUAAUGGUCUCGAGCUUAAGACAUUGUAUAAUAUAUUUGUGUGGUAUCAGUAUACUUCUUAAAGAUACAUUAUGUAAGAUUUAGAUAAAGAGCUAGCCAUUCUUGCUGUAAUAGUUCAAAAAUAGAUAAUGCAAAAUGAAUAAAUAAUAUGAAAAUUUCAUUCAAAUUACUCUAUUGCGAGCAAAGAUAUUAGCCUUUGAAGGUUUGAAAAGACGUGUGCAAUACUUUCAACCACCUUACUGGUUGUUCGAAGCUAAGUCUCGCUCCUCCAUUUUUAAAUUAAAUCAAAAUAUGGCUGAACCAUUCUAAUCUAUUUAUUAUUGGAGAAAUCUGAUGCCAUCGAGAGUUGAUUAUGGCCUGGAUAAGUUAAUUAAUGUCUAAUCAAUAAUUUAGAUAACAUUUCAGGCCAAAAGAAAAACCUGCAAUAGGCAGAUUUAGCUCUUGCAUAAUGUAUGUUUAAUGUCUUGUUCUUACCCAUGAAACCAUACUUAGUAAUGGUAAUUAUAUACUAUGAUGCUUUUUGUCUAUAUAUUAUAUUAUAUUUAAUAAUAUUUAAAUCUAGAUUAUAUAACCUGUAAAUAAUAAACUCAUUGAUAUAGAUCACAAACUCUUAACAAAAUUUCAUUUCAUUUUUUUUAUUAAUACAAUAUAUUUAUUUAAUUGAAACCUAGAUAAUAACUGGAUUCAAUUGACUUUAAGCUCUACAACUUCACUUAACGUGGGUUAAAGUUACCACAGAGUUCAUUUUACCCUUGUAUCUGAAGGGCUGAGAGAUCCUGAUACUGGUAACUAUGGAUACCGUUCAAUACUGGUAACUAUGGAUACCGUGUUCAAGAUACAUGUACCAUAUAUCUGUGUUUUAUUGUUCUGUUUUUGUGUUUCAGUAUUUAUUAUUAGGUACAUGUAGCCCAACAAGCAACUGUUAAAUAUACACUAUUACAUGUCUUUAUUAUCAUCCACAUGUAUUACAAAUGAUCAUGUUGCCUACAUAUGGUAUAUUUGUAUUUAAUCAUAAAAAACCCCAUGAAUUUGACCUUGCAAAUGGGGGAUGCUGCAAUCUGGUUAAAAUACAGAUCUAUAUUUGAUUCUUUUCGGGGGGGGGGGGGGGGGUGUACUUUCGAUGGCCUAUACUACAUGACGAUCUCACCAGUUGUAGUGGGAGACCACAUCAAAGGUCAUACAAGGACGUCAGACAUUUGAUUAACCAGUGGCAAUCAGCUUUGAUAUUUCUACUGGUUUACCUACAGUUUCGUGAACCUCACGCCAAAAACUCACCGUAAUAGACCCUUCAAUUGGCUAAUCCCUCAUAUCAUCCAGAACGUGGGUUAUAUAAUACCUCUUCCAGAUCCCAGUGUAGUAAAGACAAGUAAAACAAAAUUUUGGACUAUAAAAAACGAAACGAAAUAGGAUCUGUGUUUUAAUCAGAUUGGGAGAUGCUGCAGGCUACCUAAAACAUGGAUGCUAAUUCGCCCGUAUAUGCCGGACAUGUCCUACGCUAUUAUGUUUGCCUACAAAUGGUAUAUAUGUAUUUAAUACUAAAAAAAGAUGAAUUUGACCAUACAAAUGGGGGAUGCUGCAGUCUACCUAAGCCCCGAAAUAGAUGCUCACUGUUUAUCAUUCCAUAUGGUGCAGUGAACUAUACACCACGAACCGUACAUCUCGUUGUUCAGGAUUUCAAAGCAGUUUUCAUACAACUUUAUGUUUUGUCUCUCUUUAUGUUCAGUUGAUCAAUUUACAAUUAUCACUUUUAUGUCUAUGGUGUCCCAAUAUAUGUCUUGUUUUAUUAUAUAUUUUCUUAUAUUUGUUAAUUUUGCAUCCUUUGCUUUGGAAAUAUUGCUUGAAAUGAAUGUUAACAUUACAUAAUGAAUUGUAUUGUUUUAUAUUCUAGAUACUUAUAAUCAUAAAAACUAGCAUUCAUUAACCCUUCAGCUCCAGAAACCACUUGAAAUUACAGCUCCCUUGAGCGUCUCGAACCACUCAAGUCACAUGAAUAAUCGUGAACUAUUUAAAGCCUGUAUACUAUUUAUGGACUCGGGCAACAUAGAGAGGUGUCAUUUUGAGUGAUUUCGAAAAUGAGCUCCAAAAUUCAAUGUAAAAAGAUCAUAUCUCAUUUUUUUUUUUUUUGCUGGGGGGGGGGGUAGUCAGUAUUUACAUGUACUAGGUUUUAAAGGAUUAAUUACCAUUUUAGUAGAAGUAUUAGAUAAAGCAGGUGAUUCAUUAGAAUAUAUUAAUAUGCAAAUGCUAUGAAUACUGUAUAUUUACACUUGAGAUUUCAAUGUAUAUAAAAUAAUUAAUUAAUUUGUAAACUUUGCCCCUGAAAUAUGUUUUAAUUUUAGUCAGUUUUUUCAUAAUUUUUUAAAAUAUUUUAAUUUGCUCAUUUUUUUGUUAUUGCAAGAAUGUACUGUAUAUUGUUUUAAAUAUUUUGAUAUUAUGCUCUAGAAUAUCCAAUAAUAGAGAAAAGGUCUUUCAAAUUUUGUGUUUUUGUCGCUUUUAUGUUAAAAAAAAAACCUCUUUUAAAAUGAAUAUAGCUAUCGUACAUUUAUAUGCAUAUACAAUGUAGUUAAUGCAGAGAUUUCAGUCAUUCAGAAAAUAUGUUUUUGGUUGAAAAUAUGUGAUUUUUCUAAAAUCAUGAGGAGCAUUGGCAUCAGAUGUUCUAGAAAUAGUAAGCAUACCCUGUCCCAGACACAACAUCAUCACUAUCUAUAGACUAUCUAUUAAACCUGUUAUUCAGAAUGUUUAUUAACUGAUACAUUAUUAACGUAAAGCAAGGACUUCUAACUUACAACAUCAUUCUGAAAUCAUGUGACAACAUAGGUCAAAGUUCAUACUGUGUCAUAAAAUAACGUGUUUCGCGUGUUUUAUUUUAAGGUAUCUGAAUCAUUUCAUAUUGAUUUUUAUAUUUUACAUAUGAUUUAUUGUUGGAUGCCUAUGUGUGUCCUUACUUUAUGCCAUUUUUAUAGGGUCAAAACUACUUUCACUUUGGCAGUGUUUGGUGGUAUAGGUAGAGUGGUCUAAUACCUUAGCUUGGUCUCGGGCUGGUAUGUGACAAGGAUUAGAGGUGCCUGCUUAAAGGGACAUUAUGUAAGUUUUAGAUAAAGAGCUGGCCGCUAUCGCUAAAAUAUUUCAAAAAUAGAUAAUGCAUAAUGAAUAGGCUAUAUUGAAAAUUUCAUUCAAAUUACUUAUAUUGAGCGAAUUUAUCAAUGUUUGUAAUUUUGACAAGAUGUGUGCAUUGAUCAUAACCACCAUACUCGCAUCACCAUUUUUAAAUUAAAUCAUUAAAUGACCAAACUUUUCUAAUAUACUUAAAAUUGGAGCCAUCCGAUGGCGUCAAAAGUUGGAGUAGAUUAUGGUCUUGAUAAGUUUAUUAAUGUCUAAUUAAUAGUUUAUAUAACAUUUCAGGCCUAAAGAAAGACCUGCAAUAUACAGAUUUAUCUCUUACAUAAUGUAUCUUUAAUUUGUCAGUUUUCCUCCCACUGCCAAUUAUUUAAAUAAAAUAUGUGUUAGUCCUGAAAUGACCAAUUUUUUGUUGAGUGGACAUUAAUCUCUCUCUGUGAAAAUAUAGCCUAUAGCUCGGUUAAAUUUUGAGGGUUGCAAAUGCCAAUAAAUAUCAAAGUUUGUUAAAUUUAUUGAAAUUGUUGUAUAAUGUGCAAUAAAAAGACCAAAUUUUCUGUCUGGAUUUACAUAUUCAAAUUUAAAUUAAUUAACAUGAUAAAACCAAUAUUUUACAACUAAGUUGCCAGUCAAUAAAUUGUAUUAUAUAAAAUAAGGAUUUUGUAAUAUAAUACAUAUAAUUACAGUAUUUAUUGGCAAUGGUAGCAUUCUUUGAAACUGGCUAUAUUAUGAUUAAUUAUCAUUUUAAACAAAUUAUAUAUUAUGAAGCAAUGAAAAUUAAAGCUGGAGAUAUCUUUGUAAAGUUUGCUUUCUUGAGGAUCUAUAGAUGCUGUGGUGAGGAUCAGGAAAAAAGUGUGGGAUCCUCCAAACUCAAGAAAAACAGAUACUCUUUUUAUUAGUGGAGAGGAGGUCUAUAGGCUUCUGCCUGUUCUCCAAUCCUGUUUCUGUAAAUAAAUUUUGUUUAGAAAAAAAAAAUUAGUGGUGUUCAAUAAUAUAACAUUUCGGUCUCAAUUGACCAUCAGCACAUUGAACACCACCAAAAUUAUAUCUGUUUAUUCUUGAGUUCAGGAGAUCCCUCCAUCUUUGUUUCUAUAAUACUGAACCCAAUUUGUUACUUAGUAUGGUUAUUUUCAGACGGUUGCGUUAUUUCAAGCCAGUGCAAAUGCCGGAUUACUUUUAACUAUAAAUUUAUAUAGCUGACAGUUUCUGGAGCAAGAAUGCUUCUGGAAUCUGGAUGUCAAUUUUUUGGCUUUCAUCCAUAUAUAAGUCAAUACAGAGUAUUAGAUGAAGGCCUGACUUCCACGGAAAAAAGUAUCGACUUAUAGUAUACCCGAAAAAUAUGGAAGUCUAAAUUGCAAAUUGUAACUUAUUUAGGUUGAUCAAUUGUGGGUAAUUCUGUAAGUUUUUGAGAAAUAAUAGGCUCACAUCUAUAUCACAUAGAUAUUAGAAGUACUAAUAAUUUUGGAAAUUAUUUUGUAUGAAUAUCACCAUAUUAUAGUUAAAUACAUAGGCUGUUAUUGUUAUUUUCCCUUUAUUCCGUUCUUUUGCGCUUAAUUAAGGCAACACAAAUAAAAUAACUUGUUUCUCGGGCACCGCCCGCACGCAAAAUUGGUUGCGCGUGCAGUCUAUUUAUUAGUCUUGAUGAAAAAAAAUAAAUAUGUAACGCCCGCCCGCACAUCGACAAGCAAGUCGUAAAAAAAAUAUCCCGCAUGUACCUACAUCCGCCAUACAUGUAUAUCUAUUCAAAUGUAUUAAAACUGAUUCAGAUGAACAUGCUGUCUUUUUUUAUCCGAACAAUGGCGAAGUUUGGCAGAUUUGCCUUUUUUAUUGAUAUCGAAAGAACCUCCAUUUUGUAUCACGUGAUAUUAAUUACCUCCCCUGAUAAACUAGAAUUUGAUUCGUGUUAAAAGUCAUUGGCGACAAUAUUUCAAUCAUUCGAUCGUAAUCGGCUCAUUAUUGCCGGCUUCAGUCGGUCCUUGUUUGGAAAAUCCUAUUGAUAAAAUAAUGAACCGUAGAACAGGUUAAUUAAUUAUAGCUAAGAAUACGAUACGAUGACGAUAGUCGUCAUAAUGCAUACCUUAGAAUCUGGGUCAUUAUUAGCACAUUUACGGUAGUUUCGAUAAUCCGGAAAAUAAUAAUUGGAUUACCGAUUUGAUGGUUUUACUGACCAGUUGUUAGUUAGAUUUAAAUAGUCAUUCAAUAUAAACACCGGAUAGAACACCGAAUAUCCUGAGAAACACACCGAAUAUCCCAAGAAACAGUAUUUCCGGCAAUCUCCAAUACCGAUGACACGGUGUGACAUGCAUUGGUUGGAAUUCGGUAAAUAAUUAUAAAUAAACCGGCGAUACUAGAUUUAGUUUUAAAUACUGUUUACCAUGAUUAUUAUUUUUGAUACACCUGGUGAAAGAGGCUUAGUUUUUAAAAAUAUUGUUGUCUUUAUGGAGGGCUAUUACAUAGUCGUAUAUGGAAUUUUAUUUUAAACCAAUUUCAAUUAUGUGAAUUAAAUAUGGAAAAUUAUUUUCCUUUCAGUCAGUGUUCAGUCUCAGUGUUUUAGUAGACUUGAUUUUGGGUUUAUGUUUUAAGUAUGUACAAUAAAGUUGAAUAUAACGGAAAGCAAAAACGUAAACAAGUAAUGACUUUCUCAUUUAAAAAAAAAAAAAAAGAAAGACCGCCCUCCCGCCCCAACAA